CUGCAAUAAUGAUACAAAACACAUUUUGUUGAAGACAGGUAGCUUUAGAACCUAAAAAUAAUUACAGAUGAAUGAUUCUGAAUGUUCAGCCUCGUCCUCUGCAACAUGACAUUAGCCCACAGUUGUCAUAUAAGACAUCUGUGGUUUUCCUGUGAACAAGCUCCACAUCUGCUUUUCUAUUGAAACAUUUCAUCUUUGUCCCAGUCACUGCCACCAUCUACUGUGAUGUCAGACUAACAGUAUGUAUGUAGCUGUCUAAAAAAUGACAUUGUUCAUCCCUGAUAUGGCUGGUCGUCUGUUUUUGCUCAUCCUCCUUUUCGAUACCUUCCAGCACCUCAAAGCCAAAGACCUUCCUCAGCUGACAGUGAGUUCUACAGUCAUCAGAGAGACAGAAUCAGUUCAGCUGAGUUGUGAGACUCCUCCAUCUCUCCGUGCGUCUCACUGUUACUUCUACAUAGAGGGGAGGAAGAAUCUUCCAGACUCAUCCUGUACUCAGACACUCACAGGAACAGAGCUGCUCAAGAGGGCAGAUCAAACGUUUCCAGAUGUGGUCAAAGUGAAGUGUUACUAUGCUGUAGGGAGGUCUCACACAUCUCCUUUAAGCAACCCUGUCUCAGUCACUGUUCAGGAUCCACCUCCUCCCAGGCUGACAGUCAGUUCCACAGUCAUCAGAGAGAGAGACUCAGUUCGGCUGAGCUGUCAGACUCCCCCAUCUGGCUCUGUGUCUCAGUGUUACUUCUACACAGAGGGGAGAGAUCCUAAACCCUCAACCUGUACGCGAUCACUCACGUGGACUGAGCUGCUCUCGUGGGCAGGUCAAAGUUCAUCUGCUGAGCUCAAACUGAGAUGUUUUUACACUGUAGAAACUCACUUUCCAUCGAUGCACAGUGGUUCAGUCUCUGUUACUAUUCUUUAUCCAAAACCAGACAUUACAGUCAAUAUUCAUGAGGACUUCAACAUCAUCUGUUUGAUUCCUGGAUCCUUCAGUCCUGACUCCACCUGUAACCUGUAUGUUGGAGAGGAGAGUCAGCCAUCCUUCACAGCAAAGAUCAUGAAGAGAAAAGCCACCUCAGCAUCCAAAAAGUGGUUCUGUCAAUUCACUCCAAAACAUAGUGAUCUGAUCAGUCGUCUACAGUCAGUGAGGCGUAAGGAGGUGAGCUGUGACUACAGAGUGAGCCCAGGACCAAACUCUCUCUCUCCACGCAGUGAUGGGUACAGCUUUACACAUCUGGUGGGAGUUCACAUCAGCGAUCCAACAACUAUUCAGACACCUUCUAUAGCAGUGGUUUUAAGUCCAGGUCCUGGAUAUACUUUGCCUCCCAGCAUGACAGUGAGUCCUACAGAAGUUUUGACUGUUACUUCUACUUUGACCCCAGACACCACAGUGAGACCAACUACCAGUUUGACCUCUCCUUUGACCCCCAGCACGGCAGUGAAUCCUACAUCAGGAGGUCAAAGCUCCACAGAAAGCGUUCUGGUUUCGACUGUUACUUCUACUUUGACCCCUGACAUCACAGUGAGACCAACUAGUUUGACCUCUCCUUUGGCCCCCAGCACAGCAGUGAAUCCUACAUCAGAGGUGCAAUUAUGGCAGACAGCAGUGUGUAUGGCUUCUGGAGUGGGCGUGUUCUUAAUGGGAUUGACAGCUGUCUAUCUCUGCAGGAGGACCAAGAAAACCAAUUCUCUGAGACCUACAGCCAGACAGGAUGAUCACAGACAAUGUGAUUUGGUGAUGGGAGCUAUGAGCAGUGCAGGCAUGUUGGAUUCAAGGGAUGCUGGGAUCUAUUCUCUCAUCACCUCUGUACCGUCCACGUUUUUGCACUCAGGUCCUGUGCAGCAAUCUGCAAAUGAAGAUGCUGAUUCAGAGAAUGCAGGGGUCUACAGCCUGAUCACUUCUGUACCAUCCACAUCUUUAUCAUUAGGUCCUUUUGAAGAAAAUGGAAAGUCAUCUGAAAACGACAAUACUGAUAUGUACCAUGUAUACAGCUCGAUCCCCGACAGACCAGCAACCUCAGCCCAGCCGGAUGGGUUGUACAGUUUUCUACAGACACACUGAAACUAUACCACUGGCUCGAGACAUACAGUAAGCAGCCGCUAGAGGCCCCUCCUCCCUCCAAAAACAACCGUAGGAUAGUAGAAUACACAACGUGCAGUUUCGAAAUGUGGAUCUUCGUCAGAGGUUUUUCUCUUUUUAUGUCAGUCACUGACAGUCACUCAAUAAAUCCCAUGACAGCUAAGAUUUUAUAGAUUGCUAGGCCCAGUUAGUUUCGCCAGCUAUCUAAGCCUUGUAGUAAUGGCCGAAUUACUGCCCAGGGGCCCUGACCUCCAGGGGGCCCCCAAUAAUUUUGUUAGUCACUCUCACUCAGAUAUCAAAUGAACAUGGCAUAAGUCAUGGCAAAUGUUUAGAAUUGCAGUAAAUUAGCUUUAAAACCGAAUGUUAUUAUUUCAACGACAUGGGCAUACUGUGUUGAAUUGUAGGACAUUAAGUUCUCUCGCCCCAUGGCAAAAUGAGAGUAAUUGCAGAACAUUAACUUUAAAGCUCCAAAUUUUUCUCUUCGCCGCCAUGAGCAGGGUCACUAAAAUGUUUUGUUGGUGAGGUGGGCAAAUCUCGCUUAGGGCCCUCAAAAUGCUUGGAACUGCCGUAAUUUACUGUAUCACACAUGGAAACCUGGAUUGUGCUACAUGCCUAUCCAUAAUAUCUGUUAAUAUGUUAGUAUUUUUAUUUGGGGAUUUUGGAGGUGUCCGGGGCAUACUCCCCUUUAAAUAUUUUUAAGUAAAUGCCCAAAUAUACACUGUAUUUAUAUAUAUUCUGUCAUCUGUGUGAUACCUCCUUCCAUAACGCUUUGAUAAAAUUGACUAAAUAAAAUAUAUUUGUGAUCAAAAUCAAUAGAUACAGACAAUUAAAAAUCAGUAAAUGUAUAACAUCACACAAUGCAAAAAAACAGGUAAAUAGGAAAUUAAGAUAAAUGAAUUGAAAUUAAGUCAUUAGAUCGAAAGUGGUAUUGAUAAGGCAUUUUUCUUGGUGAAAUUCAUCUUGUGUUUAAAUAUGAUUAUAAUAUAAGCCCCCCCCCAAAACAUUUUUUUAAUUUAACAAUAAGAAAAAUAUAGAUGACCUAAAUGCUAUUCAAAUCUCCAAAUUUCUCCAUGUUUACUUGUUAUUUUCCAAGUUCCCAGUUUAAUUUAAAUUUACACAGCACAUCAGUCGCUCCUUCAAUGUGCAGUGUUGUAGACACAUUCUAGCCUUGAAGUCCAAUGACUGCGGAGUGGUUCAGAUGUAAAUGGUGUGAGAACACAACUUCAUUACAUUGUUUUCCAGUUACCAUGAGUUUACAUUCUGUUUCGAUGCACACUUGAGCCCAGCGGUCAGGGUGGUCGAUUAUGCUAUGGGGGAUGGCUUUGUUUGUUGAAAAGGGGUGGGUCCCCCCUCACCUCCCAUAUACACUGUACACACUGUGCAUAUAUCUUUCUAUUGUGUUAUUGACUGUACGUUUGUUUAUGUGUAACUGAGUUUUUGUUUUUGUUGCACUGCUUUGCUUUAUCUUGGCCAGGUCGCAGUUGUAAAUGAGAACUUGUUCUCAACUGGCCUACCUGGUUAAAUAAAGGUGAAAUAAAAUAAAUAAAUAAAUCCCUCUUCUAUAAGACCUUUAAGGUACAGCAAAUACAAAUGUUUCUUUUCUCUGUUUGAAAUGCUCUCUUCUGUAAAACUAAAAAGUAAGAAGAAUAAAUUGAAUACAAACAUUC